AUGAAUAUGUUAAAGAUUUUAAAAAACUAUAUUCGAGGUUUUAAUUAUGAAUCAAAUAUUGAAAUGACAUCUGAUUAUACAAUUGAAUCAAUUCAAAUGGAAACUGGAAUUCAUAAAGAUUUAUCAAUGAUUGUACUAUUUCUUUUCUUUGCUAUAUUUUGGCUUGGAAUUGAAAAUUAUACGGAUAUUGUACAAUAUAUUAUUGAUUUUGCUAGACGAAGAAGAAAUUAG